CGUGCCCGAUUCGAGGCUGAUGCCGCAGAACAAGCUCGUUUGGCCGACGCUGAGCGGCGACGUGCUGAGGCUGAUCAGGCUCGACGGGAGCGAGAGGCUUUCAAAGCUGCAUCUCGACGGGAACGAAAGCGUUGUCAGGUCUUAUGCUUCGAUCGUUUCAACCACUUUCUACCUAUAGUAGACAACCCCAGCUCAUUCGGUGUCCCCAAUUAUUCCGCUUCAACGUGCCUGGAACCGAAGGUCUUUUUCGAGCUUAACAUCACUCCGUCAGCACAAAACGGUCUAAAAACUGCAACUUCUGUGGUGGAACCAUUAAAUAUUGGUGGUAAGCGCAAAAAUCGCUCGGGAACCUGUGUGGCGACAAGCGACAAACCUGGAGAUGUGGGACAAGUUUUGGGUGACAAUGUCCGCACCAAAACUUCUUAUGGCAAUAAGGACGUCUCAACGUCAACAACUCUCCCAUCACCAUUUUGCAUAGCUGCCAAUGAGGAGCAUCGAGUUCGCAUCCUUCAUGACGUUGAUCUGCUCUGCAAUUUGCUCUCUACCGCCGAGUAG